AUGGCAGAUAACAACUCUCCCUUACAAACGGUUUUUAGAAAACACCCAUCAACUCCAAUAAUUGGAUCGGCAGCCCAAUCAUGCUCGGCAAUCAAUAUCGUCAAAAUUAACAAAAAUCAGAUUUGGAAUUGUGUCCAGAAACCCAAAUUACAAACUGUCCGUUCUGAAAUUGGGGUUUGUUAUGGGAUGUUGGGCGACGACAUACCACCGGCGUCGGAAGUUGUGGCCAUGUACGAGGAAAGAGGUAUUUCCAAGAUGCGACUCUACAGUCCAAACCAACAAGUUCUUGAAGCCUUGAGGAGGGGAAACAACAUCAACAUCGAGGUCAUGCUUGGUGUGCCCAAUAAUCAACUCCAAUUACUAUCUUCAAGUCAGGCCGAAGCCAAUACAUGGGUUCAAAACAAUGUUGUCAAAUUUACCAAUGAUGUCAAUUUCAAGUACAUCGGGGUGGGAAAUUUAGUGAACCCAUUAAAUGAAAACACGUCAAGAUUUGCAAAUUUAUUAUUGCCGGCACUUAAAAACAUCCAAAACGCAAUAUCCGGUGCCGGCCUUGGAGGUCGAAUAAAGGUAUCCACUUCAUUUAACACAGGGAUACUUGGAAAUUCAUUUCCUCCGUCAGCCGGAGCGUUUAGCCCGGAGCUUGAACCCUUCUUGAACCCUAUUGUUCAAUUUUUAGUCAACAACAGUUCACCUCUCCUACUUAAUUUGCACCCUUACUUUAGCUACACGGCCAACAAUGGAACUAUUAGUCUCGAUUACGUUCUCUUCCAAGCCCCUUCGGUCGUGGUUCAAGAUGGUCCGAACGGAUAUAGAAACUUGUUCGAUGCCAUACUUGACGCGGUCUACUCGGCCCUUGAGAAAAUCGGUGGUGGGUCAGUGGAGAUUGUCGUGUCGGAGAGCGGGUGGCCUACGGAUGGAGGAACGGCUGCAACAACUGAGAACGCGAGAAUUUACAACUCCAACUUGAUUCAACAUGUGAAAGGAGGGACUCCAAAGAGACCCGGGAGGGCCAUCGAGACAUACAUAUUUGCCAUGUUUGACGAGAGUUGGAAGGAUCCGGAACUUGAGAAGCAUUUUGGCUUGUUUUUCCCUAACAAGCAGCCUAAGUACCCAAUUAGUUUUGCUUAAUCCAA